UCUCUCGUGAAACUAACGUAUGUACCACGAUACGCAGCUUCGUCUAUUCCUGGCGCUGUAUGACAUUGUCGUGGUGGCAUUGAUUUCUGUUAAAUUGAGAAGAUGGCUCGAAAGCUCCCGUUGAGAUCUCACGGUCGCUAAAUUGUGGCUUUUACUCGCAAAAUCGGAAAGCACAUAGAACGUAGUAUGUGCCGUGAUCCUUCGAUGAAACGGAAGAUUCCAAGGCAUGGUUCUGAGACAUGGGAGAUAGGUUAGGAAUUUUACACGUAAGCACCAUCCAGAUGCAAAUCAGCUCAUACUCGAGCGGAAGAGCGUUUCUUUAGAUGAGAUUAUAUGAGGCGUCGAUAAGAUGAUGCAUUACGAUCCAUGGAUUCAACAUCAGCCGGUACUAGAACAUCAAUGCUGCAUGCCAUACAUUGAUACGAUGCCAUCCUUUAAAGAUCACGACCACGAACGUCAUCAGCUGAUCGAAGAAGAGACUGAGCAGACUGGUGAGGAAGUGCAUGAUACAAUGACGCCUGCUACUUCCGGCGAACGCAGCUCCAGCGCAGAUCUAUUUAGAUUGGAGUUUGCGGCGUCUCAAUGGUCCAAGUUGGUCUCUAACGCUGAAGGUUUAUUUACGAAACUUAUGAUGAGUAACGUUUUGCCGCAUACUGAUCAGGAUCAAAUCGAGCAGUGGUUAUGCAUGAAGCAAGAAUACGAGGAAUGCAUAACUAGCGAUGAGACUAUCAGUUUACAAGGAUACACAGAAAAUGCCAGAAGAUCGUUGGAACGCAUUGAGGAAGUAACAGAGACUGACGAGAAGACGGAUGAAUCUGCAAAUCAAACAAAACUUAAGCUCAAUUCCAAUUGUACUUCUAGUUCAGAGAGUGAACUAUCCGAGGUCGAUAACGAUGAAGAAGACGAGGAGGAGGAGGAGGAAGAGGAAGAAGAAGAGGAUGAGGAUGAUCAAAGCGAUGUAAGUUCAGAAAAUCCAGAUUUUCUGGAAAAGUUGGACGAAUGCAUGAACAAGUUUAAAGCAGAGACAGAUAGAAUUGUAGAUUCUAAAAAGAUGACUUUAGAGAAACAAACUGAGAUCAUAUCUCCAAUGAUGAGAUCCGUAAACAAUAAUUUUGUACCGGUGUCUCGUCCUGUACCGAUAAGAAAUCCAAAUUCUAGAAGAAAUUCAAUGCUUCCUGGUUCUGACAUGUGUAACGAAGUAUUAGCCUUUAACGAUAGUCUGAAGCCUUGCCAAAAUCAAAUUCUCGAAAAUCGUAUUCCAGAAUAUAUCAGUCCAUGCAUGUUAAAUAAUCGCGAAUCAGAGGUGAAUAUGAACGAUAAUAUUAUUAAUGACAAUUUCGUCGCGAUACAAAAUGAUAAUUCACCCGAUUUGUUACUUGAUGCUCUCAAGAAUACAGAAGUAUCUGAACCUAUAAAAGAAUUGAAAACUCUAACGCUAAAUAACGAGGCAAAACAAACGCAAGUGAAGAAGAUUCAAUCAAAUUUAGAUGGAGCGCAUAAACGCAUCGAAGAACUUCAGACGACGAUUAAGAUCAAGCAACGUUUUAUAGCAGAUAUGAUAAAGAAUUCUGAUACUCGCACUAGCGCGAAGCAGAGAUUUCAACGUAAACGUAGUAAACUAGAAGAGGAGUAUUAUAACACAAGAACACAAUUAGCGCAAGCAGAAAAUGCGUCUAUGUAUAAAGAUCAUGACGAAAAGUCAACACAUAAGAAAGAAAUUGAAUUAAUGAAAAAUAUAGCGAUAAAUUAUGAGAAACGAAUGAUGGAUAUAGAUAUGAUAAAGCAAAUAGCGGGUGAUUCUGCGAAGAAAGUUUUGGAAUUGGAAGCCUCGUUAAAUACAUCCAAGAAGCAAAUGGAUAAAUUAAAACGACAAUUGAAAAGAGAAGAGGAUCGUAAAAAACAAUUAGAAGAUGAACUGGCUAAGGAUCAACAGAAGAUUCGUGAACUUGAAGAGAAAUAUAAUUUAACUGCAUCCAAGUUGAAGGAAAUGCAAUCGGAGAGCGAGGAUGAGAAACAAAAUGCGAAAUCGAAGACUGAUUGUUCGGAUAAGAAGAAGAAUUUGCUGGACGUAAGUGCAAGGAUAUCUCAUUUGGAUCACGUUUUGAAAGAGAAAUCUAUGGAUCUGGAGAGAACCGCAGAUAUGGAUGAGAAGGAAGCGUUACGGCACGAAAUUAGGAAUUUGAGGCGCACCCGGGACUGCCUGGUGGAUGAGAAAUGCGACUUGGAUGAAAAAUUUCAAAAGGAGAGGACCCUGACCACUGUCGAGGAACGUAAAUUGCUGGAAUGCGGAGAGACCAUCGAAGCUAUCGACGCGAUGAUCGAGCACAAGAAUGAGAUGAUUUGCGGACGAAAGGAUUUCGAUGAGAAUCAGUCGCAACGCGAGAAGGGCGAGAGAAUGCUGACGGAGCGGUUGAAAAAACUCUCUCACGGUGAAAUAAUAACGUUAUUCAUGAAGUAUUUCCGCAAGGUAAUCGACUUGAAAGAGAGCUCGAAAAAUCUGGAGGUUCAGAUAACCGAACUCGAGGCUCAUAUAGCACAUCAGGAUUGGCGGCUGAUGGAGGCUGAAAAACGAAUGAUCUUGAUGCAGAGGCAGUACGAGGACAAGCUGCAUCAUGUGUUCAGGCAUUUCGCGGAGGAGACAAGCAGCUCCGGUUACGAUAGAUUGGAUAAGGAUUCCGAGCUCGUGAGAUUCAAGAAGGAGAAUAGAGCGUUGAAGAAACGAUUGGCGGACGUCGAGGCUCUCCUUAAGGGUACCACACCACCGCGUGCGGCUAGUCCAUGCAGAAUUCUGCAACAAGGAUUAAAACAGAUUGCGCCAAAUACUCGAUCGACGACUAAGGUAACAAGGCAGCGAAAUAAACUGAUAAUUCAAAAGACGACUGAUUGCGACAAAAAGAAAAACAAUUGAUCUAGUAAAUGUUAUGUGGACGACAUAGUAAAAUGCAGCAAUAAAAAUGCAUCAUCGCUUCAUUUACGCAACAAGAAGAAAACUUAGAGGCUUACCUCGCGCGAAUAGUGGCGCUCAAUUGUUGUACCUUAAACAGUGCAUUCGAUACUCAAAUUAAUUUUACAGGCAAGUAGGUUUCAGAUGGACGCAGUCAGGCAGUUAAAGCAUUGUAUUUGGAAAUUGAGCUAUUAAAAAAUGUAUUUAUUAAUUAAGAAAUUUGUGAUUAAGAUAUAAUAAGGAAUGAAGCGGAUUGCUCAAUCGUUGUAUUCCUGGACACGUCGAUGAGCAUAAUAUCUCGCUGCACUUUGCAUUUCACUCUUGCUGCUACUCAAUAUUGUUGUUCGAAAAGAACAUUUGAUCUCUAUAUUAACUCUCGCACUAUCGAAAUAGAAUGAAAAUUUGAUCAUAAUCCAAUCUGUAUAAUAAUUCCAAAUUUGAUUAUAAUCCAUGACAAAGUUUUCUUGUCUAUGUAAGUGGAAUUAAUUAAUAUUUCGUGUUUUAUCAUACUGCGAUUUGAAAUUACGAUUAAUGUAUUUUCAGAAAACAUUUUAUUUGCAUAUUUCGACUGGACGAGAGUUAAUUAUUUUGUCAGACGUAGAAAAUAGUAUCGAUUAGAGCAUGAUAUAUCAAUGACUCUGAUUCGAAGAUCGCAUCGAUCCACUUCCGAUAUAUAAUUUAUUGUAAUUUUGUAAAUAAAUUGAUAUUAUGUAACUCA